GUGUUAUCUGCUGCAGCAUUAAAGCUCCACUGUCAGCUGGACAAUUCAGACCUUUCCUUAGAGCCUUGUUUGUGUGGCGUGAUUGGAAAUGAGUUUCCUACCAUCUCUGUCUGUGACAUGGAGUCUAGUCAUACUGGUCGUUACUCUUUUGUUAAUUUACAGUGUUUGGCCGUAUGGAUUUUUUAAAAACUUGGGGAUCCCAGGACCAAGGCCUUGGCCCUUCGUGGGAACCUUCCUGUCCUACAGAAAGGGUUUUUACAAUUUUGAUACAGAGUGCUUCAGGAAAUAUGGGAAGGUUUGGGGGAUAUAUGAUGCAAGACUACCAAUUUUGAUGACCUUAGAUCUCGAAAUGAUCAAGACUAUUAUGGUAAAAGAAUGUUUCUCGACGUUCACUAAUAGAAGAGACACAAAUCUGGAUUUGGCAGGUCCCUUCGCUGAUGGAAUAACUGUAGUCAAAGAUGAAAAGUGGAAACGAAUCCGUGCUUCGCUCUCUCCGUUCUUUACAAGUGGACGACUUAAAGAGAUUUUUCCGAUUACUGAGAAAUAUGCAGAUCGCUUUAUAGACAAUUUGAAGAAGAGAAACCCAGGCGAAUCGAUCAAAGUCAAAGACAUCUUUGCUCCCUAUAGCAUGGAUGUGGUCACCAGUGCCUCCUUCAGCGUUGAAAUCGAUUCUAUUAACAACCCUAAUGAUGCAUUUGUUGCCCAGAUCAAGAAAUUUUUCAACUUCAACUUCUUUAGUCCCUUAUUCCUGAUAAUUACCAUCUUUCCUUUUGCUGCUUCAUUUUUGUCCAAACUGGGACUGACCUUGUUUUCAAAGUCAGCUAUGGACUUUUUCUACAGUGCGCUUAAGAAGAUCAAAGACCAGCACAACACGAAUGAAAAUAGGCGAGUGGACUUCCUGCAGCUCAUGAUUCAAAGCCAAAUAUCUGACGAACAAGCUGAGAAAGAAGAUGAUCAACCAAGCAAAGGCUUGACCGAUCAUGAGAUUCUUUCCCAGUCCUUCAUUUUCAUCCUGGGAGGAUAUGAGACCACCAGCACCACCCUUACCUAUCUACUAUAUAAUCUCACAAUAAACCCUGACUGCAUGAGCAAACUGGUGGAGGAGAUUGACACAAGCUUUCCUCAUGAUGCUCCAGUGACAUACGAAGCGUUGAUGAAGUUUGAGUACCUGGACAUGGCCAUUAAUGAGUCGAUGCGUCUCCUGCCGACUGCUCCCCGUCUGGAGAGGAUGUGCAAGAAGGCUAUAGAGCUCAAUGGAAUCACCAUUCCUAAAAACACUCUGGUCGCUAUUCCUACGUACGUUCUGCACAGGGAUCCACAGCUCUGGGAGUCUCCUGAAGAGUUCAAACCUGAGAGGUUCAGUCCCGAGAAUGAAAUCAGCCCCUACCAGUUUAUGCCGUUUGGUCUCGGCCCUCGUAACUGCGUGGGAAUGAGGUUUGCUCUGAUGAUCAUGAAACUGGUGAUGGUGAAGCUGCUUCAGAACUUCAGUGUGGAGACGUGCAAAGAGACGCAGAUACCCAUUCAGCUUAAUGCUCUUUUUCAACCAAAAGUUCCUGUGACUCUGAAGUUUGUUCCAAGAACUCACAAUGCUCAAUAGUUCAGCAUUAUUUCACUGUCUGUGAUUGCAAUGCCCUAAUCCAUUAGCUGUAUUGAUAGUGAAAUACAGUAUAUUUUAAAAUAUACUAUAUAUAUGUUGCUUAAUUCAGUGUAAAUUACUUAAUUGGAAAUAUUUACUUGGAUGGCACAAGUGAUAAUCCAGAGAAAGAACACUUAUUUUUAGCAUUACAUGAACGCUCUCCAAUAAAGGAUGUCGUCUUGUCUGUUUA